AUGGAAUACGCGCGGGUUGGUACCUCAGGGCUUUACGUCUCCAAGGUUAUCCUCGGGGCCGCAAGUUUUGGUUCAUCGAAAUGGCAAGCAUGGGUCAAGGACGAAGAGGAGGCGUUGCCGUUGUUGGAACACGCCUUCAAUAUGGGGAUCAACACUUGGGAUACAGCUGAUGCCUAUUCAAAUGGUCGAUCUGAGGAAAUCGUUGGCAAAGCGCUCAAAAAAUACAACAUUCCUCGCGAGCAGGUCGUCAUUCUGACCAAAAUAUUUUACGCACUCGACCCUGUCAACCAAACGCCGAUAUCCCAAAACAUGGACAGAACGAAGCGCCACCUCGUCAACCGGGUAGGCCUUUCCCGAAAACACGUCCUUAGCGCAGUAGCCGAUAGCGUUGCGCGCCUGGGAACCUACAUUGACAUCUUGCAAAUCCAUCGUCUCGACCGCGAUACCUGUCCGUUGGAGAUUAUGAGGGCGCUGAACGGUGUAGUGGAGAGUGGCCAGGUGCGUUAUCUGGGCGCCAGCUCGAUGGCGGCUUGGGAGUUCCAAAAGCUGCAGUACAUAGCCGAGACCCACGGCUGGCAUAAGUUCAUCAGCAUGCAGAAUUACUACAACAUCUUAUACCGCGAGGAAGAGCGAGAGAUGAUUCCGCUCUGUCGAGACCUAGGCGUAGGCAUUUUGCCCUGGAGCCCGUUGGCAAGAGGCGUCUUGGCCCAUCCAUGGGAUGAUCGGUCGUCGAGCAGAGAGCAGACCGAUAAGCUCCUGCAGAACAUGGUUAGGGCUGGGGGUAAAGAGAACGAGGUGGAUAAGGAACUCGUGAAUCGCGUGGCCGAGGUGGCUGAGAAAAGAGGCGUCAAAAUGGCGACGAUAGCACUUUCAUGGUGUCUAAGGAAAAACGUCUAUCCCAUUUCAGGUUUGGGGACAAAAGAAAACAUCAACCACGCGGUAGAAGCAGUUAGCUACGAGUUGGCAGACGAAGAUGUCUCGUAUAUUGAGGAAGUAUACCAGCCUAAGAAUGUACAAAUGUAA